UCCCACUCUCUGGUCUCUACUAGUCUAGUUUACACACACACAAACACACACAGUGCUUGUGUUGUGUAUCUUUACAAAUAAAAAAAAUAUUCACACCUUCUCUUCGGUGCUGCAAAAAGAUCAUCACACUCAAGUUCUGGAGUUUGUCAUGGCUGGAGAGCUGAAACCCGAGAAAUCUGAUUCCCUUCCUGGACGUGUGAAAUCUGACGUUCGUGCUCCAUUGGUUGAAAGGGAUAAGGAUGCACUUAAAAAUGUAAUACCAUCUCAUACAUCUUCCAGCAUCUCAUCUAGCAAUCCAGGUGGUUCCAUGGAAGGUGAGACUGGUGAACACUCAGCUGCAGAGCAAGGCUUUUACUAUCCACCUACUAGCUAUUACCCUUAUUACUACUCAGUAUAUAAUGGAAGUAAUAAUCAUUUGGAUGGUCUGGGAUAUCUGGAUGCUGGCAGUUCUUCCUAUAAAUCAGAUGAUGGUUCGCAUCUCUAUUAUAUGCCUACCUAUAACAGUUACCCUGCUGCCUCAUACAUGUGUGUUGAUGGAAAUCAGCCCUACUACUCUACGUCAGGGUAUCAACAGAAUGCAGAUGCGUAUGGGUCAGAACUCAUGCGACAAUACUACUUAAAUGCAGCGCAAGCUAGCGAUGCCACACACCGGACAGCUGCUGUACGUGGUGGAGCAAAACUCUCUUUGAGCUCUGACAUUUCAGAAAAUACAAUUGGUUCUGAUGAUCGAAUGAAAAGAUACAACUUUCUUGAUAGUAAAGCACCGAAUUUAGCUCAGAAUGCUAAGUCACAUUCCUCUGCCUCAUCAAAGUUGUAUGAGUCUCUGCUUAAUGACCAGUCUCUAAGAAACUUCCAUCAGAUGGGCUCCAGAUACAUGUUAACAGGUGAUGCACAGAAUUCUCAACCAUACAGAAAUUGGUCAUCAUUUACCGGUACUAAGCAAGGUGGCUACUUUGCAAAUGAUGCCUCACUGAACUACAAAAGUGCAGAUCUUAGAAUGUGCCGUGGCAACAAUGGUUCAUCUUCGAGUAAAAAGCCUGUGCUAGGGGAGUUGGAAGACACAACUGACGCAACUCGUGGUCCUCGGAGACACAGCAAGAACACCCCUUUGGGCUCAUCAUCUGAGAAGGAACAGACCGGGCGCUUUAUGAAUAAAUAUCAGUUUAAUAUAGAAGAUUUCAGAACUGAGUACGCUAAUGCGAAGUUUUAUGUAAUCAAGUCAUACAAUGAGGAUAACGUUCACAAAUCCGUCAAGUACAAUGUGUGGUCAAGUACUCCGGAUGGAAAUAAAAAACUAGAUGCAGCAUUCCGUGAUAAAAUGGCCAAAACUAGUGAAGCAGGAAUAGAAUGUCCAAUCUUUCUAUUUUUUUCGGUUAAUGGAAGUGGCCAGUUUGUAGGCGUGGCUGAGAUGAUUGGGCCGGUGGAUUUUGAUAAUAACUUGAACUUUUGGGAGUACAACAAGUGGAAUGGUUAUUUCCCAGUUAAGUGGCACAUUAUUAAAGAUGUUCCGAAUGCACAAUUGCGGCACAUAAUCCUCGAGAACAAUGACAACAGACCCGUAACUUUUACUAGGGAUACUCAGGAGAUUGGACUCGAGCAAGGUCUAGAAAUGCUUCGCAUAUUCAAAACUUUUGCAGAAGAAACUUCGCUGUUGGAAGACUAUAACUUCUAUGAAAAGCGAGAGCAGUCAGUUGAAGCCAGGAAACUCCCUGCUCCUCAAACUGAAAUGUAUGGGAAUCAUGAUUCUCCGAAACUUAAAAAGGAGUGCAAAAGAGUUGUGGAUGAAGAAUCUAGUGCUGGCAACAAUUUUUGUGACUCAACAUCAGCCCUGAUUGAGCUUGCGAAAAGCCUCUCCCUUACAGACUAAUCAUCUUAAAAUCUCUGGCAUAGAACUUCUGAGAACAAACGAUAACUAGUUUUGCUUCAGUUGAUAGUAUUAUCCUGGAGUCAUUUUGUAUUAUCAACUUCAAAGAAACUGUUUCGUGUCGUCAUGUCUUUAUGUGAUUAUAAACUUCAAACUAGUAUCCUGGAGUCAUUUUGUGGUUGUCAACUUUAAAGAUUCUGUUUAUGUGCUAUGAAAAUAUGGUUACAUUGUUCAGAUCA